AUGAAGAACAUUGAAAGACAAGUGGGACAGUUAGCCAAACAAGCUGAGCGACCAACCAAUGUUCUCCCAAGUGACACAAUACCCAACCCAAGAGAAGAAUGUAAAGUUCUGCAGUUAAGGAGUGGCAAGGUAGUUGGUGAAAGUUCGAAUAAAGAAGCAAUAAAACCCAAAGAGCAAGACACAGUGGAAAGGCAGGAUGAAGAAAAGGCUUCAACGUCUAACAAAGGCAAAGAGGUUGUCAAGCCACAAGGCAGACCACCCAGUCAAGGAAGCAACCAUGAUAGCAAGGAGGAUGUGAAUCUACAACAAGAAAACAAAAAUGAGGGAAUAAAAGCCUAUGUACCCAAGCUUCCAUACCCAACUAGGAUACAUAAAGGAGCAAAGGAUCAACAAUUUCCAAGGUUCUUAGAAAUCUUCAAGAAACUUGAAAUCAACAUCCCAUUAGCAGAAGCUCUGGAACAGAUGCCAUUGUAUGCAAAGUUUCUUAAGGAAUUGAUCACCAAGAAGAGAAGUUGGCAGGAAAAAGAAACGGUGAUUCUCACUCAAGAGUGCAGUGCCAUCAUUCAAAAAGGGCUACCCCCAAAACUCAAAGAUCUUGGCAGCUUCCUCAUACCCUGCACGAUUGGGAGCAUAGCCAUUGACAAAUCACUUUGUGACUUGGGAGCAAGCAUUAACCUAAUGCCUCUUACCAUGAUGAAGAAAAUGAUGAUUGAAGAGCUUAAACCCACAAGGAUGUCACUCCAACUUGCUGACAGAUCCAUCAAAAUACCAAAUGGAGUAGUUGAGAACCUCUUGGUGAAGGUGGGAAACUUCAUAUUCCCAGCUGAUUUUGUGGUCCUAGACAUGGAUGAAGAGGGAAACAAUUCAGUCAUUCUUGGUAGACCCUUUUUAGCUACAGCUAGAACAAUCAUUGAUGUGGAAAAGGGAGAAAUGAUUUUUAGAGUGCAUGAUGAGCAAAUGACCAUAAAUGUUUUCAAAGCAAUGCAACACCCCGUUGAGAAAGAAAGUUGCAUGAGGAUUGAUGUAGUGGAUUCGUUGGUUGAAGAGGUACUUGACACAAAUCAUCAAGUGAAACAGGAGGAAGUCCAGAACAUUAAAGGACAAGAAGAGAACAAAUUGGAAGCAUCAAAGGAACCAAGUGAAGCUAUGAAAGAAGAGGCACCACAAUAA